UCGGCGUCAACCACAUGCCUGGUUUGGGUUCAGUCCUCUAGGUUCGCGUAAUCAACAGGUUGAAAGUCAACGAGGAUUUUUUUUCUGUCUGCCACUACCGCAUAUCCAGUUGAAGGGAUGCGUCUCUCUGUACCCUUUUUCUUUUUGCUGUGGGUUCAAGCCCUGACAUUGAAAAAUCUCAAUUAUUCUGUUCCGGAGGAGCAAGGACCCGGCACUGUUAUAGGUAAUAUAGCAAAAGAUGCCGGAUAUGGGACCAUGGAGAGGGGGAAAAAAUCCAACUUUAGAGUACUGGAGAAUUCUGCUCCACAUCUGGUGGAUGUUGACCCAGAGAGUGGACUAAUCUUCACGAAACAAAGGAUUGACAGGGAAACAUUAUGCAGGCGCAAUCCAAAGUGCCAGCUCUCUAUGGAGGUGUUUGCAAAUGACAAGGAAAUAUGCAUGAUCAAAAUUGAUAUACAGGACAUAAAUGACAACUCGCCUAGUUUUCCCUCAGAUCAUGUUAAUAUAGAUAUUUCAGAAAACGCUGCUGCUGGGACACGCUUCCCCCUGACUAUUGCACAUGACUCUGAUUCUGGGGAAAAUGGGAUAAAGACCUACCAGGUCACAAGAGAUGAUUACAAUACAUUUUCUUUGGAUUUAAAAGUGAGGGGCGAUGGGACUAUAUAUCCAGAGCUGGUGGUUCAGAGACCUCUGGAUAGGGAGGAUCAGAGUCAUCACACACUCCUCCUCACAGCAAUUGACGGUGGGGAGUAUCCAAGAUCAGGCUCCAUGCAAAUCAACAUCAGAGUGACUGAUUCAAAUGACAACAGCCCAGUUUUUGAAAAAUCCUCUUAUGUGAUUGAGAUUCUGGAGAAUUCACUGCCGGGAAAAAUACUUAUAGAUUUAAACGCCACUGACCAAGAUGAGGGAAGCAACGGGCAGGUGGUCUAUUCCUUCACUGGAUAUGCAUCUGAAAGAAUCCAAGAUUUGUUUUCCAUUGACCCCAAUACUGGCGUAAUCAAGGUCCAGGGAGAAAUUGACUUUGAAGAGAAUCCAAUCAUAGAGUUUGAUGUACAGGCUAAGGAUCUCGGGCCCAACCCGAUACCAGGACAUUGUAAAAUUACAGUCAAAGUGCUUGACAAAAAUGACAACUCGCCAAUAAUAAGUUUUGUCUCUGUACGGCAGGGAGCCAUCAGUGAGGCAGCACCUCCAGAAUCUGUCAUAGCGCUAGUGAGAGUGACGGAUAAAGACUCUGGCCGAAAUGGCCAACUUCAAUGCAGGGUGCUGGGUAAUGUACCCUUCAGACUGCAGGAAAACAAUGAUAAUUUUUACACUCUGCUCACAGACAGACCCCUGGACAGGGAAAUGAAGGAUGAAUACAAUGUAACAAUCGUGGCGAGAGACAAUGGGAUACCUUCUUUGAACUACACUAAGUCGUUUACUGUGAAAAUCUUGGAUGAGAAUGACAAUGCACCACGCUUUACAAAGACAGUGUACGUGCUACAGGUGCCUGAGAACAACAUCCCAGGGGAGUAUUUGGGCUCUGUUCUGGCCCACGACCCAGAUGUAGGUCGAAAUGGAACAGUGUCAUACUCCAUUCUGCCUUCACAUAUAGGAGAAGUUUCAGUGUAUACCUACGUGUCUGUUAAUCCCACCAAUGGAGCCAUAUAUGCCUCACGCUCUUUCAAUUAUGAGCAAACUAAAUCCUUUGAGUUCAAAGUUCAAGCUAAAGAUGGAGGAUCCCCUCACAUGGAGAGCACCUCCAUAGUCAGGGUCAAUGUCCUAGACGUAAACGACAAUCUCCCAGUUAUUAUUUUACCACUCCUGCAGAAUGAUACAGCGGAAAUCCCAGUGCCUAGAAAUGUAGGUAUCGGAUACAUAGUGGCUACAGUGAAAGCAGUGGACCAUGACCACGGAGAAAGUGGACAUUUGACCUAUGAGAUCACAGAGGGAAAUGAUGACCACCUGUUUGAGAUGGAUCCGGUGGGAGGGGAGGUCAGAACUGCUCAUGCUCUUUGGGAAGAGGUCGCCCCAGUGGUUGAGCUGGUGGUGAAGGUAACUGACCAUGGCAAGCCCCCCUUAUCUGCCGUGGCUAAGCUGAUCAUUAAGGCGAACACAGAAACGGCAGCAGGAGGGGGUUCCAGCGCGAGCGGAGAACAGCAGCACUGGGAUGUAUCCCUGCCCCUUAUAGUUACCCUCUGCAUUAUCUCUGUCAUGCUCUUAGCAGUCAUGACCGCCAUCGCUGUCAAGUCCAAACAUCAAGAUAAGGAGACUGGGAAUUAUAACUGCCGCAUGGCUGAGUACUCCAAUCCUCCAGUGGGGAAAGGCAAAAAGAAAAGGAUCAACAAGAGUGACAUCAUGCUGGUGCAGAGUGAGAUGGAGGAAAGAGAUUCUGCGAGCCGGAUGAAUGUGGUGAGCAGUCCUUCUCUCAUCACUUCCCCAAUAUGUUUUGACUACCAGAGCCCUCUGCCACUCACACUGCCCAGGUCAGAGGUCAUGUACCUGAAAACCACUCCAAACAGCCUGACAGUCCCCCGGGCAGGUUGCCACUCCAGCUUUGCCGGGCUUAGCACAGACACUCCAGCAAAUAGGAUGUCAGUGAUACAGACUGAAAAUUUCCCCUCAGAGCCCAAUUAUGCUGGCAGCAGACAGCCGUUUGUUCAAAGCUCAACAUUUAAGGAUGCAGAACAAGCAAGCCUCCGAGACAGUGGCCAUGGUGAUAGUGACCAGGCUGAUAGUGACCAGGAUACUAAUAAAGGCUCACAGUGCGACACGUCUGCUAGGGAGGCCCUCAAGAUGAAAGCAACAGCAGUUAAUGGCCAGCCUUUUGAGCAGGAGCAAGACAAAUCAGUCCACUGCACAGACGAAUGUCGUGCACUGGGACAUUCUGACAGAUGCUGGAUGCCAAAGUUACGGGUAGGAAGCCAAGCAGACAGCGCCGAUAAUCGUACCAACCUUUUCAUCCCUGUGGGAAUGGAUGCCAUGGUAGAGACAGAGAUUUAUGGCACCAUCAGCUGCAGCAGCAGAAAAACCCUCAGCACGUUUGGAAAGGAACAGCGGGACAGUACAAUCCUCGUGGCCAAUGUCAAACCUUACUUAAAAUCGCAGCGUGCACUAAGCCCACCGCUACAGGAGAGUCUCUCUGCCUCCAAUAGUCCCACCAAGAGUAGUUUGCCCCUGGACUUGGCCAACCAAGAGUCCAAAGAAGAAAGGGAGGGGGGCUCAGACAGCAGUGCCUAUGGGCCUCCAGAUGGCCAGUGCUCCCCCCUGCACACCGAGUUAGAGGAGCCCUCCUAUCUGACCUGCGAGCUCAGGCCUAAGUCCCUGUCCAGCAGCCUCAUCCACAGCUCCGUCAUCAGCCAGGAGUGUGGGGGGUUAGAUUUUGCGCUCGACCCGAGGGACUCUGGCAACUGACAAGUCAGGUGAUCCAGCUCGCUCUCAUCUAACAGAGGUGUGAUGAUGAUAUCACAGAUUGAUGAUCAAGAGGUGAUUUAUUUUGACCCACAAGAGGUGUUCAGACACGCAUUGUAUAACCAAAAACCAUCUGCUUUGUCUGUUUGUUUUUUAGUUUGUGACUUGUCGUGUUUAGGUGAAAUAUGUGUCUUUGACUGCUGUGAAGGUUUUGGGGGGAAAUCAGUGCUUCGCUGACUUCAAGUGUUUUCAUGGUGUACUGUACCUGUCAAUUUAGAUGUCUGUAUUUUACACAUUUCAAGCUCAAUUUUGUGAGGCUGUGGAACAAAUUGCUACUGUUAAGCUAUUGAGUCCUGUCUGCUUUUGUACAGUGAAGCUUCCUGUCUCCAUUUAGUGUAUAAGGAACAUCUCUUUGAAUAUCACAGACAACUGAAAUACAUAUCAGUGACGUUAAAUACAGAAGUGAAGUGUCUUAUGAACUGUAAAUGGUGGUGCAACAGGGAAUGUCCCUUUUCAUAAAACCAUUUGAGGUUCCUAUAAAACCAGUUUUCUAAGAAUGUAUUUGUAAUUUUAUUGUUGUCCUCUGCAGUUUAUGUGAAAAUAAGCUGAGCUUACACGUGAAUGUGGGCUUCUGUAUGUGUUGUGUAUUUUAUUAAAUUUGUAUACACUG